AUGGCUUUCCGGCACCCUCAGAUGCUGUCAAAGACGGCAUCAAUGCCUUUCCUUUCAGUGGCUAGCCGCACUUCUCGACUGGCGACCUCUCUGCCCCGAUCAACCUUCAGCACUUCCAGGGCCUCGUCCAGCUCAACGUCCGCAUUGGCCUACAAGGCUCUGCACCGUCGUUCCCCUCUCACCCUCCCUGUAGCGGAUAUCUCUCCGCAAUGGGACGCACCUACAGCUGUCUCGUCAAUUCUCUAUGAGACUCCCUCUCGACCAACCAACCCGCCCAAGCGUCAUAUUCUGAACUGUCUGGUACAGAACGAGCCCGGUGUGCUCUCCCGUGUCUCUGGAAUUCUGGCUGCUCGUGGCUUCAACAUUGACAGUCUUGUUGUCUGUAACACCGAGGUGGAGGACUUGUCUCGCAUGACUAUUGUGCUGCAGGGUCAGGAUGGUGUUGUCGAACAGGCUCGUCGCCAGCUAGAUGACCUCGUCCCCGUCUGGGCUGUCCUUGAUUACACGGAUUCUGCCCUCGUGCAGCGUGAACUACUCCUGGCCAAGGUCAGCGUCUUGGGUCCCGAGUUCUUCGAGGAGUUACUUCAGCAUCACCGCGAAAUUACCACCCCCGUCGACUCCAUGGAAGGACACAAGGAGAAGAGCAACGAUGGCAAGACCUCCCACGCCGAGGAAUAUCACCCCCGCAACCUUCCUAGCAGUCAGGCCCUCCGACACAAGCAUGAGCACCUGGAUGCGAUUACACGAUUGACUCACCAAUUCGGCGGCAAGGUGUUGGAUAUCAGCACUAACAACUGCAUUGUUGAACUUUCUGCUAAGCCCAACCGUAUUGACUCCUUCAUGAAGCUCAUUUCGCCCUUCGGUAUCCUCGAGUCCACUCGUACCGGUCUCAUGGCUCUGCCCCGGUCUCCUCUUUUCGAGGCCAACGACGAGAUGGAGAAGGAUGCCGCCGACGUUGUCGACGCCAGCACUCUUCCUCCUGGUUAA